AUGCCUUCUACAAGAAGAGGCAAAAGAGCCAAGCGGUUUCCUUCAUCCAUCGACGCAGAUAGCAUUGGUGGAUCUGCAGAAGUUGAGGAACUUCACAAUGUAGAGGAAACUGAAAUGUUACAGGAAGCUGGAGUGGAAACACCAAGAACCUCAUCCACAUUGGCUCCAACAGCCAAAGCAAUAAUUGAGCAGCAAAGACAGAAAAUAACAGCCCUUGAGGAUGAAAGAAACUUCCUAAGAGAACAGCUGAAAAAAGCACUGGACAAAGCUCCCACUGCUGCAGGAAAACAUCAAUCACCUUCAGGCUCAGAUUCAUCUGAUUCAUAUUCUUCAGACUCUGAAUCUUCCUCUUCAUCCAGUGACAGGAGGAAGAGGAAGAAGAAGACCAAGAGGAAGAGCAUAAAAAAGGAUAAAGGGGCACAGUUUGGCAAAAGAAUGACAACCCCAGAAGAUGUCCAACACAGGUACAUGGCGGUCCUUAAAACCUUCCAGAAGACCCGAAGUGUCAACAGAAGUUGUGAAAAACACAACGUGGAUCGAAACACCAUCACCUAUACUGUUGUGAUUGCAGAGGUCCAUUUGGCAGCUGACAGUGAGGAGAAAGCUAGGGUUCCACCCUUUCCAGGUGGCUCUCGCCUAAAAUAUGGGAAAGAAGCUUUUUCUUGACAGGGAGCCAGCAUUGAAAGCAAAAAUUGAAAAAAAGUAAGAGGAGAGAGAGUUCCUGCCGGUCAAAUAUAAAGUAAAAGGGAAUUAUGUGGUGAUGGUAUUACAUUUUUGUUUUUGUUUAAUAUUUGAGAACAUUUUUUAAAUUUUGAGUUGAAUGCUGAAGAUUUUAGUUUUAGGGGAAAUAUUUUUAUUUAUAAGGUGUGGCUGAGGUUACAGUGAUUUAUUUUUCCCCGUUUGUAUCAAAAUCAGCCAUUUGUGCUUUGUUCAGUAAAUAAUUAAUUGAUGGAUAUCAGUAUAAACAUGUUCAUACAUGGCAUUCCUUUGGAGUUACGAGGCAUCAAUACUAUAAAAUGUUUUUUGUAUUGUAUUACCUUGAAAUAAAAUAGAAACAGGCAGUUUUGCAU